GACUGAACAUGCUGCACGUCCUGCUUCUAGUCUGGGCUCUGAGCGUCCCACGACACGGCGUCCUGGGACAGAGAGAUGGAGAGAUUAUUAAUCAGAUCAAAAUGACAAACCUGGCGUUGGUUGAGAUCAAGGAGCUGCUAAAAGAACAGAUAAAAGAAAUAGUUUUCCUGAAGAACACAGUGAUGGAGUGUGAAGCGUGUGGAAUGGGAGGUAUCCAGCCGCGUCCGUCCUGUGAGCCCAACCCGUGUCACCCUGGGGUACCGUGUAAAGAGACUGUGGAUGGGAUCACAUGUGGGCCUUGUCCUGAAGGCACGGAGGGCAACGGCACCCACUGCACCGACAUCGAUGAGUGUUCAGUGAUGCCUUGUCAUAUGGGCGUUCGCUGCAUUAACACAGCUCCAGGGUUCCGGUGCGGCUCGUGUCCCGCGGGGUUCACCGGUCCACAGGUGCAGGGGGUCGGACUGGCCUACGCAAGAGCCAACAAGCAGGUCUGCUCCGACAUCAACGAGUGCGAAGCUCCAAACAAAGGCGGCUGUGUGGAGAACUCCGUCUGCCUCAACACACCUGGCUCGUACAGGUGUGGCCCCUGUAUAACCGGAUACGUCGGAGACCAGAGGAAAGGCUGUAAACCGGAGCGGGCCUGUGGGAACGGCCAGCCCAACCCGUGUCACGCCAGCGCAGAGUGUAUCGUGCACCGCGAAGGGACCAUCGAGUGCCAGUGUGGGGUGGGCUGGGCUGGGAACGGGUACCUCUGUGGUCCCGACAUCGACAUCGACGGAUUCCCAGAUGAGAAACUGGCCUGUCCAGAGAGGAACUGCAACAAGGAUAAUUGUCUGACUGUGCCAAACUCCGGACAAGAGGAUGCGGACCGCGACGGGAUCGGAGACGCCUGUGACGAGGACGCAGACGGAGACGGGAUCCUCAACACUCAGGAUAACUGUGUGCUGGUGCCUAACGUGGACCAGAGGAACAUCGACGAAGACGACUUUGGAGACGCCUGUGAUAACUGCCGCGCCAUCAAGAACAACGACCAGAAAGACACGGACGUGGACAAGUACGGGGACGAGUGUGACGAGGACAUAGACGGAGAUGGAAUCCCCAAUCACCUGGACAACUGCAAGAGAGUCCCAAACAAGGACCAGAAGGAUCGGGAUGGGGACAAAGUGGGAGAUGCCUGUGACAGCUGUCCAUAUGUCCCUAAUCCUGAACAGACCGAUGCUGACAACGACUUGAUUGGAGACCCCUGCGACACAAACAAGGACAGUGACGGAGAUGGACACCAGGACUCCAACGAUAACUGCCCCGCGGUGAUAAACAGCUCCCAGUUGGACACGGACAAAGACGGGAAAGGAGACGAGUGCGAUGAUGACGAUGAUAAUGACGGAAUUCCCGAUUUGCUGCCUCCGGGACCGGACAACUGCCGACUGGUGCCCAACCCGCUGCAGGAGGACACGGAUGGUGAUGGAGUGGGAAAUGUGUGUGAGAAGGACUUUGAUAACGACACCAUCAUUGACAUAGUGGACGCAUGCCCUGAGAACGCAGAGGUCACACUGACAGACUUCAGGGAGUACCAGACCGUGGUGCUGGAUCCAGAAGGAGAUGCUCAGAUAGAUCCCAACUGGGUCGUACUCAACCAGGGAAGAGAGAUCGUACAGACAAUGAACAGUGAUCCUGGAUUGGCUGUUGGUUACACGGCGUUCAGUGGGGUGGACUUUGAAGGGACGUUUCAUGUAAAUACAGUCACAGACGAUGACUACGCCGGGUUUAUUUUCGGGUAUCAGGACAGCUCCAGUUUCUAUGUGGUCAUGUGGAAGCAGGUGGAGCAGAUCUACUGGCAGGCGAACCCCUUCAGAGCUGUGGCAGAACCAGGAAUCCAACUCAAGGCGGUAAAGUCCGGUACUGGCCCCGGGGAGAACCUGAGGAACGCCCUGUGGCACACGGGAGACACCUCGGACCAGGUCAAACUGCUCUGGAAAGACGCUCGGAAUGUCGGCUGGAAGGACAAGACGUCGUACAAGUGGUUCCUGCAGCACCGACCGGCCGACGGAUACAUCAGAGUGCGUUUCUAUGAGGGCACUCAGAUGGUGGCAGACACAGGGGUCAUUAUCGAUGCCACGAUGAGAGGAGGGCGGCUCGGGGUCUUCUGCUUCUCUCAGGAAAACAUCAUCUGGGCCAAUCUCCGGUACCGCUGCAAUGACACUCUUCCCCUGGACUUUGACUCUUACAGGGCACAGCAGGUGCAGCUGGCCGUGUGAGGAGGGGGCGCUAGUCUGAUGUGAACAGGGCUGU